GGGUUUGCAGUGGAAAGGGAGAAAAAUGGGGGAAGGGAGGGGGACGAUAGGAAGCAUAAAUUUAAGCCGCAAAGAUGAUGAAGAGGAAGUUAAUAUAAGUGGCCAUGUCCAUCAGCUCCCUUGCUGCAUCAAAUUCGACGGUCAUUGUUCUGUUUCUCACUAUUUCAAACCCAGACCCACAGAUAUUGAAGUGGAUGGAUUAAGAGUGGAAGAAGCUUACUUCAGGGGCAGAAAGCUGCAAGGAACUUCCAUUUCCCUUCCAAAUGGCUACUCGGGCUUUGUUCUGGGAAAGAAGAGCUUGGGCAAAAGAAAAUUUUGUGACGAUGCUUCUGAAGGUAACACAAACUGUUGGGAGAUGAAAGCAAAAUUUGAUAAAUUGGCAUAUUGGAAUCAUGAAAGCCUUCCUUCAAAAGACGAUGCUUUUGUACGAUGUUUCCAUUGGUUUGCUGUAGCUGAAGCGGUAAGUUUCUCUUUCUUAUAUGGUGCUAUAUUAUGAAUGAUAUCUGAGGCCUGAUUUCUCAGGAUACAGACUUACAUCAAGAGAGGGAAAGGGACAUAAUAACUAUAUAAAUUUAAGGAACCCAAUUUUCAGUAUUUGGUUAGCCCUUAUAAGUUAUAAUACCCUUGUAGUUUACAUACAGAAUUAAAUCUAGAAUCACUCUGUGAUAUUUGAGGCUGCUGGUGAUGUUUCUGCUGUGAAUUUAUCCUUCGAGCAUGGCAUCUGGCUGUGGCAACAAGCCUAGCAGGAACUAUACUCUGGGAUAUCACAUUACUUAGU